CGAAAAUUGAAACCUGAGAUUUCUUUACUAAGAGAUCGGACGGGGCUCGAACAACAGUACAAGAAUUUCGAUAACAGAAGACUUCUUAUAUUCAUUACCUGUGUAUCCAAGAUCCUUGCAGAAGUAUCCAUCGCUUUAUUUGCCUGUACAACCCUAUUGGCUAUGGUUUUACCUUGGCAUUGGAGGUUUAUCAUCUCUAAGGCUGGGCUCGCCUUAGCCAUCGGAGCAAUAGCGUAUUUGGGUUUUGACGUGUCUAAACGCAUGCAGAGAUACGUUCUUGCCGUCCAAAACUUGUACAUGCAUCACUUUCUAUUCAUUUGGGGCUGGAACGACUUGAAGGCGUGCCUUACUCAUAUAGCCGAAAAAGAUGUUCCGGUAUCUGACCUGCAGGAUAUGAGGAACUUCGUAUGGUCUUUCCAAUCAUCGUUUUUAGGGAAAGAGGAAGAAUUACAGCGCCUGCAGACACAAAUAUCUGCUUCGCUAACAUAUGACACCAAGAAGUGGUUCGAAUGGUGACGAUCAGUGACGUGGUUUUGGUAGGAGGAGGAG